AGCUGUGAGGCGUGGCUCUGUUGCGCUUCUGAUGAUAAGUUUUGCGACGUUCAGUUUCGAAGCGCAACUGAUAGCGAGCUGGUCGGCCAGCGGAAGAAUAAUAUAUUAGUAGUUCAAGUUCAAUUCACUCUUGAGCAAGUAGCCAAAGAAAAGAACAAAUGGCGAGCAAAGUCGCGAUCCUUCUUUUGGCACUGGGACAUCUUGAGGUUGCCCAAAGCCUUGCGAAGCCGGAGCCCGGAGAAUGUCUGGCGCCCACCUACAUGACCCGCUUCAGCGCCAAGCUCUUCCAAGUUAUGAUGAAGUUGGAAGAUCAGGACGGCAACGUUUCCCUCUCACCCUUCGCCGUGCACGCCAUGCUGGCACUGAUCUACAGGGCAUCGGAGGGUGAAACACUCAGCGAAGUGCAGCGGGUCGGCGAGUUCAACCAGCACCCUGUUUUCGUGGCCCUGGACUUCGAGCGACUGAUCAAGUUCAAGGAGCAUCUCCAGAGUGCCAAGUUAAAUUCUUACUCCAGAGUAUUCUACAACCAGAAGCUGGGUAAAGUAAAUUCCCGCUACGACGAGUUCUCCAAAUUCUAUUUUGACAUCGACACAAAGCCUGUGCACAUGGAUGGCGGCGAGGACACGGCAAGAUGGUUACCCUUCUGGAUACAGAGCUCCGGCAUUAGCUCCCACAUGCAGGCCGGUGAAACUAAAAAUUUUGCAAUAAUGCACAACCACGAAGUCUAUGGGCUGGCCGAUCUGCCCGAACUGGACGCCACCGCCUUGGAACUGCCCUUCAAUGACAGUGCCACCAGCAUGCUGAUCCUGCUGCCCAAUCAGCUCGGCGGACUGGCCAGCCUCGAGCAGCAGUUGGCCCAGCCUGAGUUCGAUCUCAACCGGAUCGCCAACCGCCUGCACCGCCAGUCGGUCACAGUGAGCCUGCCCAAGUUCAGUGCCGAUUCCGAUAUUGACAUGACCGAUGCAUUGAAGAUGCUGGGACUCCGGCAGAUGUUCACGGACAGCUCUAAGGUGACCAAAUUGCUCGAUCGGCCGGUGCGCGUGGACAAGAUCCUACAAAGCUCAUCCAUUUUCGUGACGGAGCAGGGAACGUUAUAUUUGCAUUUUUUAGCUAAUAAGCGGUCACUGCCUGCCAAUUCCAAGGAGUUCGUCGCUAAUCGGCCAUUCGUCUUUGCCAUCCGCACUCCCAACUCAGUGCUGGUGAUGGGUCAUAUCAACAGUCCUUGAAGAUAUAAAU